UACUGCUUCCGGCGAUAUUUUGGAGUAUGCAACCGAUGGACACUACGCGAGUCAAAAAUCCCAUAAUGCAACGGGACUGGUGCGGAUGAGCUCAGAAAAAAUGUGGCAGACAGCGUCGGCUCUCUUUAAGUAUCAAACCUUGGUUAAACAGGACUUGUUUAACAAUACCCGAAUAAAUUGUUAACUUGUUGAAGGUUUUAACAAGAAAACAGUUGUCACAGUGUUUGAAACUGUUUUUGUGAUCUCCAUCAUGCCUUAGCUGGCCAAGCUAACGGCAACUAAUUUACCUCAGCAUGUUAACCCCGCCCACAUCCAUCCAUCCAUCCAUCCAUCUUCAACCACUUACUCCUUUUCAGGGUCGCGGGGCAACCUGGGGCCUAUCCCAGGAAGCAUCGGGCACAAGGACCCCGCCCACAUUACAUUGCUAAUUGAGUUAACUUUCCUAAUGUGCAUUUUGCCGAUAGUGCGGUUGCUUUUAUCUGCUGGUCCCUUUAAGAAUUUUAUGUCUGAGGAUGUUGAAGGUCACGUGACAAUGCCAACAUGGCAGAUGUAUGUCCUGGAUUGUAUUCAUACUACACACACAUUCUGAUUAGUACGUUCUAUGCAGUUGUGCAGUAGGUACUCCCUCGAAUGCAGUACGCACUGCCACAAUACGCGAUUUUGGACACAGUCAUGGUCAAAUGUGUCGCUCAGACAUUUGAUUUAAGCUCUUCCUCUUUCAAUAAAGGUGGUUGAUAUCAAGCUGAAAGGUGCAUUAACACCACCUACUGGACUGGAGUAUAACUGAGUAUAAAGCGUUUAUAAUUGCAGUGUGUUGCUGCAUCUGUGUUGCUUGGCAACCAUUCUGCUAAAUGUUGCUGAAGAACUACAUUACUUGGUGGAAGAAUGGUUAUUUAUCAUUUGUACACCCCUUAAUUCUCACUCUGAUAUGUUGAGUAAACUGAUCUUAUUUUUGCAUUAUCUGAUUUCUACACAGAUCCUGCAAAGUACAGGAGUAGGACACAAAGUAAGAGCCCACCUCCCAGAAUGUCUGAGCUGAGGAUUGUUCUGUUGGGGAAGAGUCUCCAACACACCAGCACGGUAGGAAAUUUUAUCCUGGGAAGAGCUGCAUUUGAGACUGAAGAUCCUCCACAUUCAGUAAAGCAGCACAGUAAGAGCGCCAGAGGACAUGUGCAAGAAACAGACAUCACCAUCAUCAACGCGGCUCAUUUGUUUAACCCUCCACUAAAACCUGAGGAACUGGAAGAGUGUGUAAAUCUUUCUGCUCCAGGACCUCAUGCUUUUUUACUUGUGAUACAGCCUCACAGCUUCACAGAGGAGGACAAGAACCACCUGGGAUUGUUAUUAAACCGCUUCAGUGAGCAAGCUCCAAACUAUGCCUUUGUGAUUGGUACAGCCACGUCUGGAGGAAAGUCCGACGCUUCUCAAAGGUUAAUAAAGGAAUGUUGUGAUAGGUAUCGUAAAUAUAAACAACUAGAGAAAAAUAAGAAUUCGUGUCGUCAGCUUUUUGAUGAAAUCAGAAGAGUGGUCAAAGAGAAUGGAGGAAAUUAUCUUGUAUGUAAGAGUUUUAAGGAUGCGCCUGAGGAAUCUUUCCACACUGAUGAAGACCUUGCCAGACCGGGAGAGAGGAAAACAUCAGAUUUUCCAGAUGACACAAAGGAGAAGAGCACAUCAACUUCAGUGGGAGGUGCCUUGAGUAGAAUUGGUUUAAGUGCAUUGCUCCCAGAGCGAAAGUUUGGAGAACACUCAGCAAGGCUGCCAGUGUUGAACUUGGUGCUGUGUGGAAGCGAUGAAGAACUAAAGGCCUCCAUAUCAGAUCUCAUAUUGGACCAGAGAAAUGUGGAGACUGGAUUAGUCUGUGGACACGUUCUCAGGCUGGCGGUGAUGCCAGCUCUCUACAACACUCAUCUCUCAGAUGAGGAAGUGAUGGAUAAGAUUCUCCACUGUAUCCCUGUUGAUAAUCCUGUCCAUGCUUUUCUGUUCAUCAUUCCUGUUCCUCUCACUGAUGAUAACAAAGGAGAAAUAGAGAUGAUUCAGAUGACCUUUAGUUCAAGCUUCUGUGAUCAUAGUAUAGUUCUUUUUACCAACAAGGACUUUAAUGAAGCUGCUGCAGUUAACAUUGUAAACCAAAGUUCUGAGAUGGAAGAACAUCUUAGAUUGUUUGGGGACAGAUAUAUGAUCUUGGAGGGGGAGGGGAACAGGAGACGUAAGCAGGUGUCAGAACUGUUAGACAGAGUAACAAAUAUGAACAAGAUUUAUACUCUCCCAAUGUUUAUUGAGGCACAGAAAGAUGGAGCUAAACGACCACUAGAGGAAGAACUGUCUGAAAUGAAGAAGCAGCUUCAAGCAAAACUUCAGGAAGAAUGUGCUGAGGGUGAAAUCUCUGGCUCCAAUUGUCUGAGAAUAUUACUGAUUGGGAAAACAGGAAAUGGGAAGAGUGCAACAGGAAACACCAUUCUAGGAAGAAAAGAAUUUGAGAGUAACCUGAGCUUUCAUUCUGUGACGAAAAUGUGCCAGAAGGGAAUUGGAGAAGUGCAGGGCAAAUCAGUAGCUGUUGUGGACACUCCAGGACUCUUUGACUCCACAUUUUCAAAUGAAGAGGUAAUAGAAGAAAUUAGGAAAUGCUUCUCAGUGCUGGCACCAGGACCCCAUGCCUUCAUCAUUGUGCUGAGUGUGGGAAGGUUUACUGAUGAAGAGAAGCAAACACUGAAUCUGAUUAGGAUGAUGUUUGGUGCUGAGGCUGCGAAGUACAGCAUAGUGCUGUUUACUGGAGGGGAUCGUUUGAAAAAUACAACACUCGAAGAUCAUAUCAGAACCAGUAACCAGGAACACGUGAACAGGCUAAUCAGGGACUGUGGUGGAAGAGUUCACUUGUUUAAUAACAAUGCAAAAGACACCACCCAAGUCAGUCAGCUUCUCCAAAUGAUUGAAGAAAUGAUAAAGUUCAACAGGGACGAUUAUUUUACUAAUGAGAUGUUCGAGAUGUCGGAGAUGUCUAUACAACAGAAACAAAAGAAGAUACUGAAUGAGAGAGAGGAGAAGAUGCAAGCUGAAAAAGAGGCUCUGAAGGCCAGAUAUGAAGAAGAACUGGAACAGAUGAGGACUACUAUGGAGAAUGAGAGACAGACGUUAGAAGAGGAAAGAUAUAAAAGGGAAAACAUGUUUAAGCAGAGGGAAGAAGCAUUGAGGCGAGAAUAUGAGGAGAAGGAAAAAGAAGAGAACGAGAAAUGGUUACAAGUGAACCAAAGAAGAGAAGAAGAAAAAACACGACAAACUGCAGAAAAUAAACGUAUGCUGGAUGAGAUGAGGAAAGAAAUGGAAAACGAAAAAGCUAAAUUUCUCCAACAGCAAGCUGAAAGAGAUGAGGAGGACAGAAAAAGGGCAGAGAGAGAGAAAGAGAUUAAGGAACAGUUUGAGAAGCAACAAAAGCAAGCAAUUACAGAUCUAAAAAUCAAACAGCAGGAAGAGAUUAAAAAGAGAAAUGAGGAAGAACAAAAGAGAAUAAAGGAACGGGAAGAAGAGACAGAAAACUGGAAGAGAAAAAUGGAGGCAGAAAAUGAAUUGAAGGAAGAUAUUGAAAGGAAACUGAGAGAACGAGAAACACAAUGGACAGAACAGACGAGAGAGAGAGAUGAUGAAUACAGGAGAACAAGAGAGAGACAUGCUGAAGAACUGAGAGCACAGGAGGAACAUCUGGAGCGAAUGAAGAAAAACUUUGAAAAGGAAAGAGAACAAGACAGAAAUGAGUGGCAAAAGAGAGAAAAGAAGAAAAGAGAGCAAAUACAGAAAGAGCAUAUGGAAAACACAAACAAAAUAAAGCAGGAGUAUGAGGAACGGGAAAAUGUAAGGAAAGAAGAGUGGAAUAAAAAAAUCCAAGAGGACAAUAAAAGAAGACAAGAAGAGAUGCAGAAUCUGAAGAGAAUGCAAGAGGACAUGCUGAAGCUGAUACUGAGACUGAAAGAGGAGAUGGAAGCAGCAAGGCAAGAGGAGAUCAAAAAGACACAGAAAGCAGAUAAAGGAAGAAAAGAAAAAGAAGACCGAGCCUGCAAGAAAAUUAAAAAUGACUACGAGAAGAAACAGAAAGAAAUGGAGACCAAAUAUAAAGAUGAGUAUAAAAAACAAAUUAAAGAAUUGACUGAGAAGCAAAAAAAACAUUAUGCCCGUCUCAAAGCUCAGUACGAACGCACAAAAAAAGAGUUAGAUGAGAGCAAAGGAAAGAAAUGCAUUAUCCAAUAA